AUGCUCAUGUCAUCGAACUCAUCUACCAAGCCGACUAACGAUGAGGCUGACUUGGCCGAGGACGUCGACGAACCCCCUGAACACGUCAUGCACGCCACCCGAAUGAAUUCCGACCAGAUCGUCCUUGCUCGCCCGGCGGUGGACCGCAAGGAAUCACUGCUCACUCGCGCGCUAAGGAGCAGCCCGGAGAUGUCCCCAACCGAUCCACACGCCCCCCACUACGACUCCUAUAUGUACCGAUCCUACCCUCAUAGCAACAUCAGUGGAGUUUCGACGGCCGAGUUGACCAGCGACGGCGGCCUCACAAGUCCAUCUUUGUCUAAUACUCCCAGCCCGCCUUUACCACCUCAGAUGAUGAGAAAUGCUGCGUUGAUGGGAAAGAAGAACUCGACCCCUAAAUUGAAGGUCGCUGAUGCCAGUGAAACUUCUGUUGAAGCUAACCUUGGCCGCAAAAGAUGCAUUAGUUUUGCAUGUGGUCGUAAAUCUGAUGACAAGAAUGAGCGAGAUUCUCCGAUCUCGCCCGCUGCGUCACAGGAACUCCCACCCAAGGCCCAAGCACCGCAGGAGCUUCCCACGGAGGAACCCGUGAUUCAGCUCAAGCGCAAAACAACACUCACUUUCGCGUGCCCUGGACGGGAGACUGUUAACGAGAGAGAACGAUCUCCUCCACGCAAACCCUCCGUCCGGCCGCGAUGCCGUGGCUCCCCUGCACCUGUUGCACGUAGAGCAUCUCCCUCCUUGGAGGAAACCCCAAAGCAGGUUUCCAAGGAGGCUGUCUCUGCGUCUGCAGAUCACAAGGGUGUCCCGACCAGUGGACUGGGAAAGUUCGAGGAAUCCGAAGCCACUCGGUUCCACGAGUUUGCUAGCUCUAUGGACGAAGAUGAUGAAUGGGUGAACAGGGAUGCCGAUUAUACGCAAAAGAUUACUCUGAAUGACUGCAUGAAGAAAGAAAUGGCCAUCCGACGACUCGGUGAGCAGGCAGAAGAAGAGGCAUUGGAGGAGGAGGAUGAUAUGGAUGACCUCCCUGACGACGACUCGACUGUGCACGACUUCUCUUCUGACGAUGGUAACGAAUCGGACAACGAGGCUGGCUUUGCCGAGUCGGACGAAAGCGACGAAGAUGGCGACGACAUUGAGUUUUGGGGAUCAUCACACCAUGUCCCAGAACCCACCAGUCAGCCAAUCGAUACACGCCCCUCGACCAUGGAACGCCGCGCUUCGAACACAUCUUUCGACUCAAUGACGGAUGAUCACUUGAACUGGCUUCCAGCCCCUGUGCAAAGGACCGGUGCCCGUCGCGCUUCGAAGACCCCCAAGAGCAUCAAUAUUCGUCCGAGGAGCCCGAACCUUCCUGAUAGUACCGACUUUGUCUGUGGAACUCUCGACGAGGAUCGUCCUCUCGAACUUGCCUACAAAAAUUGCCUCGAAGAACGGCGUCGUCUAAAACAAAUCGUCAUCCCGCAGGAUAUCGACCCCAGCUUCCCCACCAGCGAUCCGGAGGACGACGAAGACAUCGAACCAUCUGAGAAAGAGGUUUCCAGUGUGCCCUCCGCCACAGGCCGCCGCGAUGAGUUUACCCGAGGACGGCCAGAGGGCGAAGCCCGCAAGCAAUCACCCCUCCGCUCUCCUAGGCGUUUGAUGUCCCCACCACCCCGUCGCACUGGCCGCACCUCUCCCAAGCGCCUCAAGUCCCCGCCCCCACGCAUACGAGCGAAGUCGCCCACCCCAUCAAGGUGGCAAUUUACCGAGGAGAUGCACAUUGUUGAGUCUCCCGAAGGUCUCAAUAUCAGCCACCUGGUUCAGCGCCGGCCCCUCGUCCGUACCAAAUCAGUUCCCCGCGUUCCCAAUCCUUUCUUUGCCGGCCUGGACAAAGAUCACCGUUGGCAAGGUAUCCCGCCAUUCUCCGAGUCACCAGAGGAUGAACGUUCACACUCACGUACCCGUGAGCUACACACUCGUGGCCCAGUCGACAUUGUCGAGGGGCUCGAGAAAAAGCGUCAGAAACGCAAAGAAAAGUUCUGGCGUCAACAUUGCCGCAAAGCUGCCAAAGAGCAGAUGGGCAAACGGCCUGUUCCAGGCCAUGGAGCCGAACGGAUGAAGGAGCUUGGCCUCGAAGUUGCUGAGAGGUGCAGAGCUUACGGCGUCGGUCAAGACGCCCAGCUCGUCCUAUCCGUUUAG